AUUUAUAUAUAUUACUAUUAUCCUUCUCUUCAUAACUUUUGCCAUGUGUUUGAGUUUCACUAGCCAACUCUUUUUUUUUCUUUUUGAUCUUCUCCCAUUCCCAACAUCAAAUGCAAAAAUAUUGACUUGGGAAAUCAAAACUUAGAAUAUCAAUAAUAAUUAAAAAAAAAAAAAAAAAAAAACAACCCAAAUUUUACAACAAUGAGGCUAUGGAGAAAAGCAUCUGGCUUUAUUAAUGAUCAUAAAAAUUUAUGGCUGGCCAGCUUAUCAAGAAGAACAUCAAUUAGAAAUCCAGAAAUGGAAUCUGCAAUAAUUAAAGCAACAAGCCACGAUGAAAGCGGGAUCGAUUUAAAAAAUGUAGAUCGCGUAUAUAAGUGGUUACGAUUAUCUCCUAGCCAUUUAAAAUCUCUUGUAAGGUCAAUUUCGUUACGUAUGGAAAAAACAAAAAGUUGGGUUGUUGCAAUAAAAGGUUUAAUGUUAAUGCAUGGGGUCUAUAGCUCUAAAAUUCCUGCUAUACAGAGGAUCGGAAGAUUACCUUUUGAUUUAUCGAAUUUCAAAGAUGGACAUUUGGGUAAUAAAGUUUGGGGUAUAAACGCUUUUAUUCGCGCUUAUUUUACCUAUCUUGACCAAAAAUCAUCUCUUCUUUUUAUGAAUUUGCAAGAAAGGAGGAACCUACAAAAUUUGAAACAUGUCGAUAAUAACAACGAUGAUAAUGAUAAUGAUAACGAUAUCAACGUUGCUGUUGUUGAAGGAGGACGAUAUUCGAUGAUUCAAGAUCUUGUUGUCAUACAAAAAUUACAAUUUUUACUUGAUAUGUUACUUGAAAUUAAGCCAUUAUGUGAUAAUGCUGUUGUUCCUCUUGUUCUUGAAGCUAUGGAUUGUGUUAUGAUUGAAGUUUUUGAUGUAUAUAGCAGAAUUUGCAAUGGAAUUGCUCGAAUUCUAUUGCGAAUUUAUUCGGCUGGAAAAGUCGAGGCCAGUAUGGCACUUAGGAUCGUGCAAAAAGCCACGGUCCAAGGUGAAGAAUUGUCUAUAUAUUUCGAGUUAUGUCAAAGUAUAGGGGUGAGAAAUGCCCAAGACUUUCCAAGUAUUGAGCAGAUCCCACAUGACGAUAUCAAAGACCUCGAAGAAAUCAUCAAUAGGGUUUCUGAAAAGGACUCGACAAUGACUUGUCAUCAAUCGGUGCACCACCAGAGUAAAGACAUCGUUUUGGUACAGAAUCUUGAACAAGAGAACAAGUUGAGGACGAUAAUUACUAAUGAUUGGGAAAGAUUCGAUGAAGAUUUGAUGGAACAUAAAGGGCAGACAGGUACGCUGAAGUUUCCGCUAUGCGCGGGGCCCAAUGGAGUCAAUCCUUUUGAAACAUGUACAAACAAUGUACCUAGGAAAACUCAAGAGUUACCAGACCUAAUUAGCUUUCUAUAGCAAAAAUGACAUGAUGUGACACAUGCAAAUGCAUUGGUGACAAAUUAUUAUUUACAUUAUACAUGCAUAUUUGUAUCACUAUAGAUACUAUUAAUCAAAAGAAUCAAAGUUUGUACCGUGCAGUGGCGGAAGCUGAAUUUUCACUAAGAAGGUUCAAGUACAUUUGCUAUAUACACAUUACGAAAAAAAAUCGAUCUUGUAUAUAUAUAGUGUAAUUUUCUGACCCUUCUGUCCUCUCUA